AUGAUUUCGAGGAUAAAUUGUAAUUUUCCUGUUUGUGAGGGCGCAGAAGCACAGAGCGACACACACUCGCUCUUGUCGCCGCCUGCGAGGCACUCAAUUCGUGGAGGACCCAAGUCGACGUCACUGUUCUGCAGUCCAAAGCUUGAGGACGUCAGGCGAUUAAUGUGCGCUCGCACCCAGUCGGGCGACCAGUGCGAGGUCGAUCUUCAAGCGAAAUAUCUGCGGACUCAAACUGGAGCAAACGGAGACGCUCCAGCGGAAUACUACAUCUCUCUUGAACACAGCACAGAUAUGAGCGGUGAGGUCGCACGCAAUGCAGGAAUUUGCGGAAAAUCAUGGUUCGAAUUUGAUUCUGGUUAG